AUGCAACUCCGUGAGUUUAUCAAGGACUAUUUUGUUGGUUUCUUGGACUAUGAGACACCAAAGGUGAUGGUGAUUAGAAACAGAACUCUUGGAAUCAUUUACAGGAGCGUUCAGUUUCUCGUGAUGACCUACUUUAUCUGGUACGUGUUUAUAAUUGAGAAAGCAUACCAAGAGAGUGAGACCCAUCCGGAGAGCUCCGUUUACACUGUCAUGACAGGCACAGCGGUUCAUGGAGACGAUGUUCUGGAUACUGUGGAGUACGUUCGACCCUCAGAGGGAGGUGAUGUGAUUAGUGCAAUAUUAAGACGAGAGGUCACAUAUGAUCAGAGGCAUGGGACCUGCGCAGAGUAUUUCAAUGUUCCCAGGGCCAACUGUUCAACAGAUUCUGACUGUGUCCAAGGGGAGGUUGACUUUAAAGGCCAUGGCAGGAGGACGGGCAGAUGUAUUCAGUAUUAUAACCACACUUUCAAAACCUGCGAGAUCGAAACCUGGUGUCCUGUUGAAGAAUACGCUGUAGUACGCGAACCACCAUUAAUGGAGGCGAUCAACUUCACAGUGCUCAUCAGGAACUCCAUUCACUUCCCUAAAUUAAAAGCACGGAAGGGAAACCUAAAAGACCAAAAGGACAAGAAAUACCUCAGUAACUGUCACUAUGAUGAGGAGAAAGCGCCCUACUGUCCAAGGUUCCGUCUGGGAUACAUCGCAGAUAAAGCGAAGGAGACUUUCAGUGAGCUCUGCAAGACUGGAGGCGUGAUAGGGGUUUUCAUAAACUGGAGGUGUAACCUGGACCUGGAUGUUUCACACUGUAAACCUACAUACUCCUUCCGUCGUCUUGAUCUCCGAAAGGAUCAGGACAGCAGUGGAUACUAUUAUAGAUUUGCCAAAUAUUACAGUAAGAACGGGGUCAACUCUCGGACACUGAUCAAGGCCUACGGCAUCCGACUGGACGUCAUUGUUCACGGUCACGCUGGUAAAUUGAGUCCCAUCCCAACCAUCAUCAGCACAGUGACUGCCUUGACCUCAGUUGGGAUUUGUACCAUCUUCUGUGACUGGAUCAUGCUGACCUUUAUUGACAAGAACGAAGUCUACAGUGAUAGAAAGUUUGAUGAAGUUAUCAAUGAGCCCACAGUGCCCAUUCCCACAGAGCUCAGCUACAUCAACAGUUUCGGCUCCGUCCACUCAGACCUUUCAGAAGGUGUCCCACUGUGAUGUCAUCACAGUUCUCUCUGUCCUCACCGGGCCACGUGUGGGUACUUUCCUAAAACCACCUGACUGGCAAUGACAGAACUUCUGAGUGAGGAGUCUGCGACAGCUCAGUGACGGGCUCCUGUUGGGUGGAUAAACUGACCGAGAACAUGGACGGAGGAAACCUGCUCAAAGAAAGCCAGCCGGCUCUCUCAGAGUCUCUGCAUGCGCAGUGGGUUCAUCUUUCGUCUGAAACCUCGAUGCACCUCCACUGUUGAACUGUGUCAAUAAACCUGUUUCUUAGAUGACUGUAAAACCACCUGGAGGAUGUUUAUUUUCUAAAAAUAUUUCAGAGCAGAAGAUAUUUGAGAAUUCAGUCCUGAAAAGCAGAUUCACA